CGUCAUUUCAAGUUCAACUCGGAAAGGCAACGGUGAGGAACUGCCGUUGCCAGUGCGCGCGGAAGAGUGUUUGUAAAUAUUGGUAAAAAUCUGCCAACGAGUGAAAUUGUACGAAAACAUAAUUUGAGGCGGAAGAAACAGUGGAAGGAUGCCGGAAUUGGAACGCACAGCAAGCAAUUAGUGGAUUAAUGUGGAAAUCGAUCUCGAGUACGGCAACCCAACAUGUGAGGUGUGGAACAUCGGUCGCCAGUGCACGCAGUUAGAGUUACUCCUGGCUGCCUGCGACUAUACACCGUGGAACAAUCAUUUCCGCUUUAUUUGCGCGCUUUAUUAUCACACCAUCAGUACGAAUCAGCUGGCGCGGUUGUAUUCCGGUGCCGAAAUUCUAUUUACCGAGAUAUCGAGUGGAAUAUAGGAACGGCAAAAAAAACGCACACGCGCUCGCUUGCUUUGAUUGAUGGCUACAGUCCGGAGACGGUACAAUCAUUAGUGUGAAUCGUAAAUGAUAAUGUUUACUGAACCGUGGAGAAUCAGAAGCAAAAUAACAAUCGGAGUCUGUGGUGUUGUCUAAUGCUGCCUGCUAGCUAGCUAACGGAACAAACCUAGUGCAGUACAGUGAAUUGGCGGGAGUUCGUUAUUCGGUAAAUUUGAAGGACACCGUAGAAACAUCUUCGUCAGUCAGUGUAGUAGGUUCACGUCAUGGCGUUCUAAUAAUAAACAAGCGGCCCAGUUCGGAUCGGCCUGGUCGGGAGUGGACGGGGGAGGGUGGAAAAAUGAUCCCAUCGUGGAUGAUAUAUUAUCGCAAAUGCCGUCGGAUGCGCGCUACUACGGGAUUAUCGCCUUGUUGAGUGUGCCGAGCAGCCUGGCCAGUAAUCUCAUUACACGUGUUUGCCCGAUUUGGCAAUCGGCGACGGAUUAUUGCGUCUGGCUGGAUGUUCAGCCGUAUUCAUAAAAGUGCCAUCUGUUUGUUCCGUUGCACGAACAAGCGGAGCCCGCUGGAAAAAAAACUCAGAAUCGCCGAGCUGGCAGAUUUUUAGGAAGAUAGUGAUAAUUAAAUUAAUUUUAAAUUACGUUCGUCGCAGUAAUCGCCCGAGAAGCGUCACCGUUGCAUGGAAAUCGUGCGGCCCGCGUCAGUCGCUGGAGGAAAGUGCUGAAAGUGGUGUACAUAUAUAAAAUGAUGAGUUUAUCAGUCCCGCUGUGCAAAACUCGAGGAGGAUACUUUGUGUAGUGUCACAACUGUUGGUAGAAAUAAGCGACUAGUAUAAUAGCAUAGUUUACUGUUUUUGUUGAUUUAGUGUUUCGUCUGUAUACGGGGUGUUCAGUGCCAUCAGCGUAAGGCGAAAGCCUUGCUCUAGCAAUCAAACAUAGACCUGUGUGUGUGGGAAAAUAAUUUGAAGCAGUAACAGGAAACAGUUUCGCGAAGCAAAAACCGAAUAACCCAGAGGGAUAACUAAUGAGCGCUGGUUAAUUGACUGAAUUGGUCCACACUCGAAACGCAACCAAUCAAAUCAAGUGCCAACAGGGGAAAAGUGUAAUGAAUUAGUUUCUCGUUCAACAGCGUUUUGUGCCGGUGAAAUCGAAAUCACAAACUUUGCCGUGGAUUUGUUUUACAGAGGAAAAGAAAGAGAGAGUAAAGACAGCAUCAACAUCACACGAAGAAAGGAAAAUCCCUGAAAAACCAUCGCAGACAGAAGUGGUAUUACUUCUACAGUGGGCUCUUCAGCGCGCUUGCGACGUGUUUUUGCAUGAGGAAAGAUCGUUCGCAGGCAAAGAAUCCAACCAGUCCCGUGGUCAUCUAGAGCUAGAGAUCAUUACAACGCAGUGUGCGACGCUGCAACGCAUGCAUUCAUUGGACGGAACCGACAGCGACGACAACCGUGUCCGCUGCCCGCAUUGUCUCUACUACCGUUGCCAGCAGUACCGCCGAUUGCACUGCACACGAGAAGAAAUUACAAAAAUAAGGCCAACGGCUAGCCCUGCCGCCGCCGCGGUGGGAUUGCACAUUGCAAAACACCACUACGGCGUGACUGUCGUCCUCCCCGGCGAUCAUCGGCCUGCUAGGUUGUACAUAACCUAGAAACGUUGCACAUUUCCAUAUAUCUCCGGCUACUUUGACCGAAGCGCAACGACAGCCGUGUGUAAAGCAUGUAAACGAUUUGCGCGAUCUUGGAAUCCAGCCAGCCAGUUGUUUGGACGGGUACGUGAUACUGCGCAGCGGAAGCAGAAGACGCGAGCGGUUUGCCCGCGCGGAAAGGUGUACAGAUAAUUAAUGAUUUAUGGUACUAACAAACCGACACCAGUGCCGAAGAGAUCGAUGAAGUCCAAGGUUCAAACUAGCAUAAGACAGAGUGCUCCGUCGUUGGGCCGAUGGGGUCGUUCGUCGACGGUCACCACGAGUCCUCCGAUGGCAAUUCCCGGUAGCGGAGGUGGUGGCAAUUCGGAUUACGGUGGUGGAUCGAGUCCACCGCACAGCCCAAACUCGCCACCACCGAUUCCACCUCGACCGGUACUACGACAGUCUAGCUUCACCAAGAUCGGCUACAUGAUCAACACGGCGGUCAACGGAACCAAGAAGCAGUUCAUCAGCAGCAGUAGCUCUGGCAAUGGCGAUACAUCCUGGUGCUUUUCACAGAUAAAGGGUGCCCUGGAUGACGAUGUGACCGAUGCGGAUAUAAUCUCGUGUGUGGAGUUUAACCACGAUGGCGAACUGCUGGCCACCGGCGACAAGGGUGGCCGUGUUGUUAUAUUUCAGAGAGAUCCCGCCUCCAAAUCGUCAACACCGCGGCGCGGCGAGUACAAUGUUUAUUCCACCUUCCAGUCACACGAGCCCGAGUUUGACUAUCUCAAAUCGCUGGAGAUCGAGGAAAAAAUCAACAAAAUCCGAUGGCUGAGGCGCAAAAAUCAGUCGCACUUCCUGCUGUCGACCAACGACAAAACGAUAAAACUGUGGAAGGUGUCAGAGCGGGACAAACGGGUAGAGGGGUACAACACGCGGGAGGACAACGGUUGCAUACGUGAUCCGGCGACUAUCAGCUCGCUGCGGGUGCCAUCGAUAAAGCCAAUGGAUCUGAUGGUGGAAGCGUCACCCCGUCGGAUCUUUGCCAAUGCUCACACCUACCACAUCAACUCGAUAUCGGUCAACUCGGAUCAGGAGACGUACCUGUCGGCAGAUGAUCUGCGGCUCAAUCUAUGGCACCUGGAGAUCACCGACCAGAGCUUCAACAUCGUCGACAUAAAGCCGGCCAACAUGGAGGAACUGACGGAGGUCAUCACGGCGGCCGAAUUUCAUCCGACCGAGUGCAACGUGUUCGUCUACUCGAGCAGCAAAGGUACGAUUCGGUUAUGUGAUAUGCGUUCGUCGGCUCUGUGCGAUCGGCACGCGAAGCUGUUCGAGGAGCCGGAGGAUGUCGACAUCACAAACAAGAGCUUCUUCCGCGAGAUCAUCAGCUCGAUCAGUGAUGUCAAGCUCAGCAAUACCGGCCGGUACAUGAUAUCCCGCGAUUAUUUGAGUAUUAAGGUGUGGGAUCUGCACAUGGAAACAAAACCCAUCGAGACGUAUCCGGUGCACGAGUAUCUCCGCACCAAGCUGUGCUCGCUGUACGAGAACGACUGCAUCUUCGACAAGUUCGAGUGCUGCUGGAACGGCAACGACAGCUCGAUCAUGACCGGCAGCUACAACAACUUCUUCCGGGUGUUCGAUCGUAACAGCAAAAAGGACGUGACGCUGGAGGCCUCGCGGGACAUCAUCAAGCCGAAGACGGUGCUUAAGCCGCGAAAGGUGUGCACCGGCGGCAAGCGGAAAAAGGACGAAAUUAGCGUCGACUGUUUGGACUUUAACAAGAAGAUCCUGCACACCGCCUGGCAUCCGCUAGAGAACAUCAUCGCUGUCGCCGCUACCAAUAAUCUAUUUAUAUUUCAGGAUAAGUUUUAGCUAAUAGUAAGCGUAGUAGUAAAAAUCAAUUAUAAUUGUUUAGGUUGAAAACACGAUGGGAAGGGAUAAAGAGCGAGAUUUUCGAGGAAAUGGGGAAGUGCGAGUGUAUGGACGGAGAAGAUGAACACAAGCUUGAAUUCAUGCGAGAUAAACAAAAAAAAAACGUAAUUUAUAGGUACUAGCAGCCAAUGAUACAUUUCGACUCAGAAAUGAAGAAGCAAAACGGAGAGGUAGACACGAGGAUUAGUAAGGAAAUAAUUAUGAAGUUAAAAACAACAAACAAAACAAUGUGAAAGCUUUUAUAAUAAACCAUUUCGUAGAGAAGAUACACACAAGAAUACAAGAUAAAAACAGAACAAACACACAGCAGAAUAAAGAGACAAAAAAACAUGAAGCAAACAUUAUUCUUACUAUUAUCCUUAAUAAAAAACUAACGAAGUAAUAAUAAUAGCAGAAAAAGCAAACAACAAACUCGUACAGUGUGUUAAUCCGACUGCAUGUGAAUGUGUAUGUGUGUAUGCGUGGAUGUGUGUCAGUUGUUUAAAAGAAAAGCAAGGCAACAAAAAAAAAAUAGAAAGAAUGAAAUAGCAGCAGCCGAAGCUAUUGCGAUUAUUAUCGAUUAAUGAAUAGUUUAGUCUUAAAUUUGACCAUCAGUAGCAUACAUUAUCAUCAUCGUCAUCAUAAUAAUCAUCGUGGAAGAAGCAGCAGCAGCAACAGUGCUAGCUAAGGCACGAUGCGGCAUCAUUAUAGUUUUUAUUGAUUAUUUCUUAUCAAUUCUGUAGACAGUGAGAAAAUAAAAGACGACGAAAGGAGAGAGAAGAAUUAAUAGGAACAAAGAUUACAAGAAAAA